AUGGGUCAAAUAGCUCCUGGAGGGCAAUCCUUGUCUUUCUUGUUUUGGUCUCGUGAAAAAACCUCAGGGGAUGAAAGAUGUUUCCACACUAACAUUGCUUACACACCUCCGGGGUGCUUAUAUGGAAUGGCCAGUGCUAAAAGCAUGGUAUUCAGCUUUGGCAUUCUGCUACGAGAUCUACUGAGUGGAAAGCAAAUCUCAGAUGAACAAGCAAUGGAUGCAAUAUUGGGUACAAGAAUCCCUAUCGUUCUGGAUUCUCGUUUGUGGGGUAAAUGUCCCACUGAAGGGACCACUGCUUUGGUGAAUCUUGCUUAUCACUGUUUGCAAUAUAAACCUAUUGACCGACCCUCCAUAAAAGAUGUUAUUGCAGCCCUUGCACAAAUUCAAAGCAAUGCUGCGGUGAGCAACUCGGUACCAUCUAAUACAAAAGCCAAAGACUGGAGCAAGAUAAAAACCACACCAAUGAGCGUGGGAGACUCAGAAAGCAAGUUAAAUUCUCACCUAGUGGAGGCACUUGACCGUUCUCCACACAAGGUAGAUUUCAGCAUUGCCAUCAAUGAGCAGGCUUAUGAAUUCCUACGUAGAUUUCAGCUUUCCCCAUGA